UUUUUUUUCUUUUUUUUUCUUUGUUUCCCAUUUUAGUUCAAUGGAAGAUAUAAUACAACAAAGAGCAAGACCAUCAAGAAUACAAGAGGCAACUAGAGCCAAAACAACCAAAGUGACCAAUCACCCUUGGCUGACACCCAGUACUCCUCAAGCAGAGUUCAGCUUUCCCCUUGCAGAGAGUAAAUCAACCAGCUACACAUCGAUAUCCAACACAAGCUGUAGCACAGGCUCCAAAUAUGACUGGCGUAUGCAUUCACUCACUCUUUGCCGCCAUAUCUUAACAAGAGGUCUUGUGGAUGGUAUUGGCAGUGAUAUCCAGAUCUAUGUACCCAAUUGGCAUAAAACCUAUCACUUACAUCGUCUUGUGCUUGACCAAAACCCUUACUUUAAACUGCUUUUACAGGGCGGAUUUCGUGAGUCAGAAACAAAUCAAAUCUCUCUUAAUUUCGAAAAAGAAGACACUUUUAUCAAUAAGGAAUCGUUUCAGUUUGUACUAGAGUAUCUUUAUGGCAAAAUAGAAGAUCCAUGCAUUCAGCAGUCCAAUGUGAGGCAGAUAUUAGCCACUUGCUCUUAUUUUCAACUGGAUGUUAUUUGCGGUUUAUGUGUUGAUUUCAUCAUGAAGAAUUUGAAUCAGAGAAAUGUGGUGGAUUAUUUGUUGUUUUCGAAUGAAUAUAUGGUACAAGGAAGCGACCGUAUCUCAGAUGCUGUUUGUUCGUUUUUAUGCAGGGAAGCAUAUAAUAUGGAUUGUGCUCUUUUGGUUGCUUUACCACUGGAAUGGCUUCAAAAAGUCAUUGAAAGUGAUGCUUUUUGGGUGCCUAGUGAGUUUGAAAGAUACCAGUUUAUCAAACAAGUAAUAUAUGCAAGACACCAAAGUUAUUUGGCAGACAAAGACAAUUUCUUAUUGACAGAACUUGAUACAAAUCCAAAUUGUCAUCUUAUUUCUAAAGCCAUUUACUAUAUGCAUAUGACAUUUGAACAGCUUGAAUCAAUUCAAGGCGAUAUACAUCCAUUUACAAAAGAACGCCUUGUGCCUGAAAGAGUCUUGAAAGACGCUUUGUGGCUACAAGUUCGAUUAAGAUCAAAGAUUGAAUCAGCACUUGAAAGAGAUACAAAGCUUAACAUGACUGUUUCAAAAGAAGAAGAAGACGAACAACAACAAAAGGAAGAUGACGAGCCUAUAGUUGAGCGACAAUACUACCCUAUUCCAACUAACGAUACAACAACAUAUACAGGAGAAUCAGCUAUUUCACUGACUUCUCUUUCCCCUCAUCAACAAAGCAAAAAGAAAGUGUCUGAAAAUGCAGAGCAGUAUUCUAUCUAUCCCCCUUUUCGCUUUGGUGUAGAGUUUGCUGAUGUGGCCACAUUAAAGCAUGGUAUGCGUGUCUAUUCUGAUACUGUGUUUUAUGCAGGAUCAAAUUGGAAUAUGUAUAUUCAAAAGACAAGAUCUCAACGCAAAGGCAUAUUGCAGCUAGGUGUCUAUCUCCAUAGACAAUCUGUACCACAAAACUAUACUACAUGUCAGCAUCCAGAUACUGAAUACACGAAUCGGCCUGAGAAUAACAAUGCAAAUGAGCCUUGGUCAUUCUCGAGAUAUGCUGAUAAAAGAAAAGUGGUCAAGACUUGGUUCAAGAUCUAUUGUCCUUCAAGGGGUCCAAAACAUGCCUUAACUUUGUUUCAAAGUAGUCCUGAUAACUUUUCUAUCUUGCAAAGUUGGGGUUGGAGAAGUACUACAUUAUGUGCCGAUGAAGAAGCAAACGCUAGUUCUCAACUAUCAGAAAUGAGUCCAAUAGAUCCAAAUGAAGUGUCCAACAAGCCAUUAGCUCCCAGUUCGUCCACUCCACCACUGUCAUAUACACCACAAACAUCAAAUCAGUUACAAUAUCUACAGAGUAUGUAUGACUUGAAGACGCUUAAAUCUGCCUUAAGCAACAAUAGUCAACAAAGUCUAAAGCUGAAUAUACCUUCUGGUCCUACAUUGCGUUUUACUGUCGUUAUGGGUCAUGUAUAGCAAAAAGAUAUAGAAUAAACAGUUCUUUUCUUCUUUAUGUAUAUUUUGUGCUCAAUAUACACUUGUUAGGAAUCAUAGCAUCCUUAUUAAAAUAAGCAUAAUCAGACUCAAUAUGCGAAUCUAUAGACAACAAG